AUGGGGAAUACAGACAAUGCUGGGGCUCCGAGUUCGUGUUGGCUGGCGUCCACGCGAUUGUGCGUCAGAACAGUGCAGCACGGGGGCGAAGAGAAGCAUUGGCAGCAGCAGUAUCACCACCCCUACCAGGUGAUGGAAAGUGAUUGGCUCGUCACUGGCAAAAGGCAACAGAAAUUACUCUCUCCGUCGCCUCGGCCGGACGCCCUGCCUGACUCUGCUAUGGUAGCUGCCUCAACAAGAAGCGAGCUUCUCCCAAUGGGUGAGGGAAGGCAACCGCUAGCGUCCCUGAGCAAGACCAUAACGACCUCAAUCUGUAAGGACGACGCGGUACAACAUCUUAUAGAGGCUCUUUCAACUUCCUCCUGGUCCUCUAGUGAAGAAGCCGAGGAACCUUUCCUAGAUGUUGAUGCGCGCAAUUGGAAGGCUGAUGGAUCUUGCGGUGUUGACUCCGUUAUUUUUGGCCUGCCGGGGCGUGAGUCGUGUUACUAUACUGGGAGAGGCUAUUCUGACAACUAUUUCCCUUGA